UUUUACUGGGAAAAUGAACCACCUUUUUUCUUCUUCCUUCAAUUCAAUAAAUUUCUCUUUCAAUUCAAAGUUUAGUCGGAAAAAAAUGAACCAAAUAAUUAAAAAAAACAAACAAAAUCCCCAAUUCCCAACGCUCCCAAAAUCCUCUCCGUAUUCCCCUCUUCAAUCAUUACAAAAUUUUCAAAUUUCCCUAAAUCCACAGCGUCGAUUCCAUUCGAAAACCCCAUUGAAUUGAUCGAUUCGCGAUUCUUCUUUCUCUGAGCUUCUUCCAUGGCGUCGCUUCUCAAAUUCAAGCUCCUUCCGACGCACUGCGGCGUCGCUCAGAGUCCCACUUUAAGCCCUAGAACCAGUCCUCUCGUUCACCUCCGCCGCCGGAAAACCACUCUACGGAUGCUUCUCACUCGGAAUUCCGGCCGUCGGUCUCCUCACCGCCGUGCCUUACCGGAGAAGAAGAGAGACGACCAUAAGGAACUUUCCCGGAGCAACACGUUGAAGGAUUUGUUCGUUUCGUCGCCGCCGUAUGUUGCAACUGACGGCGAUAUUCACGAGACGGCGGUCGCGGCUCCAACCCGGGACGCGACUACGGUUUGUAAGGAGAAGGAGGAUGGCGAAGUUGGAUCAGCCGGUUGGAAUCCCGGUUCACCUAGACCGGGUUGGACCGGUUUCCGGUACAAAUACUUGCUUCGGAAAACUUGGCGGCCCGUACUCGCCGGAAUCCCCGAGUAAUGGAUGAUUAAAAAAAAAAAAAAUCUUUUUAACCCUUUCUAUAAUUAUUUUUAAAAAUAUAUAUAUCUGAUCUAAUAUUUCUCUGUUUUUUAGUAUGGUUUUUUAAUUUUUACUUAAAAUAGGGGUGGGGGAAGGAUUAAGAUCUUAAUCAAGGGGGUUUGGGGAAAUAAUUUUGUUAUAUGGAAAUUCUGAAUAGAUUUCUCAUGAGUGGGAAUGUGCUUAUUUUCUGUCAAAUUUUACUUUUGGAUUAGCUUUAUUAUUUGUUUAAUUUUUCUUUCUUUUGAAUUUUCAAAUCAUAUAUUAAUUAGUCAAAUUAAUUCUAUAAA